CCCACUCCACGUCCUCACAAGUAAACUCCCUCGAACGCUUACAUAUCACGAUGUCUACUACCCCGCAGAAGGCUCUCAUCACCGGUGUCACCAGUUACAUCGGCGCACACAUCGCGCAGAAGCUCCUCCAGCAGGGCUGGAGCGUCCGCGGCACGGUGCGCAAUCAGGCCAAGGCCAGGUGGUUGCACGAUACGUUCAAGGCGGGCAGCCGGUUUGAGACCGUCGAGGCUGUUGACAUCCAGAAGAAGGAUUCAUUUGCCGAGGCUGUCAAGGGCGUUGACGUCGUGUUCCACGUCGCCAGCCCCUUCUUCUUUGACAUCAAGGACCCAUAUGAGGACCUGAUCCACCCCGCAAUCAACGGCACGACCGCUCUUCUUGCCGCCGUCCACGAGAAUGCCCCCAGCGUCAAGCGCGUCGUCGUCACCUCCUCGUACGCGGCGAACAUGAAGCCGCACCCCGAGAACCCCAACUACGUCUACACCGAGGAAGAGUGGAACGACGAUGCGUUCGAGCAGGUGAAGAAGGAGGGCAAGAACGUCCCUGGUAUCAUCGCGUACAUCGCCUCCAAGAACGAGGCCGAGCGCGCGGCAUGGAGGUUUGUCGAGCAGAACAAGCCCAAGUUCGAACUCGCCGUGAUCAACCCCGUCUACGUCUUUGGUCCCGCAAUCCACCACGUCGCCAAGGCCGAGGAACUCAACACGUCCGUCGCGCUCGUCUACGCCUUCCUCAACGGCAGCAAGCCUUCGCUGGCGCCCAAGGGCCCGCACACCAACUACGUCGACGUGCGCGACGUCGCCGAAGCGCACAUCAAGGCGGCGACGCUCCCCGAGGCGGCGGGGCAGCGCUUCAUCCUCUCCGGCGGGCCCUUCUCGGACAACCUCAUCGCCGCCGCGAUCAAAAAGGCGUACCCGCAGUUCGCGGACCGUCUGCCCAAGGAGGGCUGGAACGAGAAGGAGGUCGCGAAGACGGAGAUUGACAACUCCAAGUCGCGCAAGGUCCUUGGCAUCGACUACAUUUCCCUCGACAAGAGCAUCGCCGACACGGUCGAGUCGAUCAAGCAGUUCGUGCAGUAAAGGGCAACGGUUUGGUGGAUACUCGACAGGAGAAUAAUAGAAUAAAAAUGUAUGUAUAAUAUAAUAAUGCAACAGCUUGGGUUUCAUGUCCUUGUC